GGUUGUGUUAAAUGUUGGAGGUCCUGCAGGGAGGCUAACGGUAAUAAGAAUACGACGUUGGUGUUUAUUCCGGUUAGUUUGUUUGUGCACGUUGCACACCGCGGCGAUCAGCCAUUAAUCUGUGUUUUGUUUCUUGCGCGUGUUUGAGAAGCGCGUAUCCGUGCGUGUGUAUGCAAUAUUUGUGUGCGUUUGUGUGUCAUUCGUUUGUUCCGUUGUGGUGAAGUCCACCGCUAUGACUUCCCGACGGCCAGAGACGUUUGACGGACUCGAGGUGUUUAACCGGGGCCGGGACGAGCCAGCGUGCUCCGUGGCAGGCGGCUACACGGGCAGGCCAUUUGGUGGCGGCGCCCCGGUGGAGCUCCAGCAGGGCUGGAUCACCGAGCCGCCGGACAUUCCCGGCAGCCGCAACCUCCACCAUCUUCGUGGGCACGGCGGCUACGACGGGGACCGGACGCCGCAGUACGAGGCGUGGACCGGACCCGAGGAAGACACAAGCUCGUCGGCCGCCGCCACCGGUAGUGGUGGCCCUUCUGCUGAGCAGCUUGACCGAUUUGCUGGCUUCGGGAUCGGACUCGUCAGCCUCUUCACAGAGAACGUUCUUGCUCACCCCUUCAUUGUUUUCCGGCGACAGUGUCAGGUGAACUACCACGCUAAAUGCCACCACCUGUCGCCCUUCACUGUUGUCGUUGUCAUGUACAACAUCACCAAAACUCAGGGCCCAAAAGCACUGUGGAAAGGAAUGGGGAGUACUUUCAUAGUGCAGGGAAUCACACUUGGAGCUGAGGGGAUCAUUAGUGAGUGCACCUCACUGCCACGUGAACUCCCUCACAAGUGGACAGUGAAGCAGGCGCUGGGUCACCUCCUCCUUAAAGGAUUGACCCUCAUGGUCGCGCUACCAUUCUACACCGCAAGCCUCAUUGAGACUGUACAGAGUGAUGUGGUGUCAGACACUCCUGGUCCUCUUGACUGUCUUCGUGAGGGCUUUGCUCGCCUCCUGGCUUCAAGUGCUGUGCGCAGCCGCCGCCUCCUCCCACUUGCCUUCCUGCUUGGCCCCACUCUCAUCCAUGGCCUCCUCCGCUACACCCUCGCUUCUGCUGUCCAGCGGGGGGCACUCUCCCUCCUCCUCCUUGCUCAGAAGAACAAGAAAAUGACACAGUCAUCCAAUAGGCGGUUGUCCUACUUCCCCGAGCUGGCCGCCAACUUAGCCGCUAACUUAGUUGCCGACGCUGCCCUGCUUCCAUUGGAGGGGGUGCUACAUCAGCUGAGUGUUCAGGGCACGCGCACUAUUGUGGACGACACUGACCGUGGUGCUGGUGUGCUGCCCAUCAACACGCAGUAUGAGGGCUUCACCGACUGCCUGGCUGCUAACAGCACUGGUUGUACCUACCGCUACCGUGGGCUGGGUGCUGUGCUGCUGCAGUACGGGCUGGGUGCUAUCGUGCUGGGCGCCACUAAGGCAGCGUACAAUGCUUAUGCCCUGGCCUGACCCCUCCAUGACCCUGUUGUGACCUUCCUUCACUGGGGAGGGAGGCACAUUAGUUGAUAGGUAGCGUCACUCAAUGUAGGAAAACUGAAGGGAACAGUUCUUGGUUGGUUGGCUAGCUGGGCUAGUGCAUUAGCAUGUAGCAUGUUGGGGUGUGUGUCUGGUUGGAAUGUCAUCUUUUCCUUGGGAAGUCAGAAGAAGAUGAAGGUGGUUUUUAGUGCUAGUGUGUUAGCAUGUACCAUAUUAGCAUUCCAACCAAAAGGGGUGGUGGCACUACCAAUUCUUUCAAAGUAGUUAUUGUUAUUUUUAUUAUUGAUAUUGUUGUGAAUAAUGUUGAUUGUAAAAACAAAAAAAUGUACAGUGAUGAAAGAAAUCUAUCUAUAAUACAUUUUCUGUACCUUUAAUUUAUUGCACCCUUUUUUGUUUUUUAGAAGUGGAGAACAUUGGCCAUUGUUCUUGGCAGAAUGGAGGGAGAGAAAGAGUUUGACACCAAAAAUUCUGACAUGUUGUGCUUAAAUGUUUCACUUUGUAAAACUGAAUGGAAUGAAAUAAAUGCCAAAAGUCAC